UGAGACUGGUUCAUAGUGAUUUGUGGUGAAUUGUCUCUCAUGGUGAUAUUGUAGCAGACAGAAUUACAUCUGAUGUGAUACUAACAUGUUUACACCUGGUGGUCUCUACAGGCUGCAGGAGUCUGAGUGCCGUCUGCUCCGCCCACAGCCAUGUCAGACGUGAAGCCUCCUCCACCAUGUGACUACUCCUCCGCCUCCUCCACCACCACCGCCGCCUCCGUCGGCUCUCCUGCCGGCUGCGCCUCCCCCCUCCGCCUCGUCAUAGACAUGGAGCCCUGCAUCGCCGACCUCCCGUUGUCCCCUGACCCCCUGUCCUCCUUCCACCGACACAGACCCGGCCUCCCUCACUACCCGGGCCUCCAGGGGCCCCACUUCCCGCUCAUUUCCAGGUGCAACAGCAGCACCCUGCUCACCAACCUGGGGCUGAGGUACUGCUCCAGCAGGCAGGGCCCUCUGGGUCCAGGUCCAGCCCCAGGCCCCUGCGGCUACGCAGGAAGCUACAGGCCCUAUAGGAGCAUGGAGAACCUGAACUGGAACACCGUGGCGGAUCCUGGCCUGUGUGCGUUCGGCGCCGCCCCUUACAGGAGUACGGACAGCGAGUUUAUUUUACGCUACACCUCCACCAGCCACUGGUAUGACGGGCCCCCGGAUGGAUCUAUGAUGGGGGGCCCUGGACUGGUCCCCAACCAAGAGAGCCUGGUGUUUUACCCUCGACAUGUGCUGCCCAGAAAGGACCUGCCGCUUUUCCCCCAGCUGCUGUUUCCGGGCGGCGUCGACGAAUGGGAUGCGAGGAAGGGCCUGAGGGAGAAGCUCCGCCUCCAGAGCGCAAGGUCGUCCGCGGAGCACCUGAAGCACCUGAAGCACCUCCCGCUGCGGCCUCUGUCGACCCCCCCAGCUGCCGCGUCCAUGGACGACGUGAGUUCCACCGCCGCCGCGUCCAGGCCGCCGAGCUCCACGCGCAUCACCAGCCACGAGGAGAUCAAGCAGGAGGUCCUGAGGCGCCUGCAGCUUCGGCGGCAGAACAGCAGCCCCAACCUGGCUCUCCACUGCUCCCUGUCCAGCCCGGAGGUGGUGAAGACGUCCUACACAACGGACAACAUCGCAGGGACCAGGAGGAGAUCGGAUUCUGCGUCCGAGCGCCGCAGACCUCCCGUGGGACGCCUCCACAUCCCCACGUUCGAGGAGUUUAAAAUGAUGAGGCAGAAGGAGGGAGACCAGGAGUCCACAGCCGGUUCUGUGAGAGCUGGAAGAUCUGAAGGAGCAGGAGCAUCAGACGUUAAGAGUCCUCCUUCUGGUGGAGGAUACAGAAAAAAGGACUCGGAGGAGGUGCAAGGAGAGCCGAGCAGCACCGCAGCUCCCACCUCCGUCACCACAUACACUCCCAUCUGCACGGGCCCGAGAAGGAGGAGCAGUCUGGAACCGGCCGGGUCAGUUCCCUUCCCGCCCAGCAGGGAGAACUGGAGUCGGCCCUCCAGCUGCUGCCCGGCGCUCCUCCUGGAGGGGACGGACCUGUCCAGCUACGGAGCCAAGAUCUACAAGAUGAAAGACGGCCUCAUCGGGUCGGCUCUGGACCUCAUCAAGAAGAGCUGCAGUGCAGAGAUCUCCUCCGAGGCCCCCGUCAGGCUGUCAGGUGACCAGGACGGAGGCCGUGACGACAUCACCGCCGCCCCCUCGGCCGACUGUCAGCCCUCCGCCGUUGCCAUGGCAACGUCGGCAACGGCCUGCAGAGCCGAGGCUGACGACGACAACGAGACGCCUGCAGGAGGAGGAGGAGGAAGAGGAGGAAGAGAAGGAGGAAGAGAGGAAGCAGGAGAAUGCCACGCCGGUCUGGGCUGCCGGCGCUCCAGCUCGGACGCCGCCUACGAGCUGGCUGAGACGGUGAGGGCGCAGCGAGAGUGCCGUCUGCGGCCCCACUACAGCGACCCCAUGCCGGCCGACGCCUCCAAGCGCAAACAGCUGGAGAUGAAGAUCGCAGCGGCCGCACGACUCCAUGGACACCGGCGAGACCGGGACCGAGACCGAGACAGCGCUCCAGCAGCCCUUCGUGGUCGCUCUGAGCCGCCCGGCGAGGAGCGCCAGGCGGGUCUGGGCGUGACGCGGUCCGGGCAGCACCGCUGGAGCACCAUCAGCAGCCUGAGCGUGGACAGCGGCGUGGUGGGCCUCAGCGACGAGCGGGACGAGGAGGACAGCAAGCCUCGCCGUUACCGCCGGUGCCGGGGAUCCGAGGUGGAGCGGGUGGACAGCGGCAUCGGACCCGGUCUGUCCCGCACCUGGAAGAGACCGUCGGCCUCCCUCCGAGCCUGGGAGGCCCAGAGACCCUGUCCGGACUGCGGGCUCAGGGACGGCGCCUCCAAAGAGCGAGGGGAGCGCAUGUGUGAACGUUGCUCCAAGCUGCGCACCGAGCGUAAGGAAGCCAUCCUGGAGUUCCUGAACACGGAGUCGAGCUACGGCGAGGACCUGCGGAUCAUCAAGGACGAGUUCUACAGUCCGAUGCAGAGCGCCGGGCUGCUGACGGCAGAGCACCUCGUCGUGGUCUUCAGCAACGUUCAGGAGCUCAUUGACGUAAACGACCGCUUCACUGAACACCUGCAGGACAGCAUCGACCAGGCCUUCGACCAGGGAGAUGAAGAUCUGCUCACGGUGUACAUCGGAGAGAUCUUUCUGGAGUUCGUGAACAUGCUGCCGGCCUUCCAGACCUACUGCCUGCAGCAGUCCACCUCGGUCAACAUGCUCAACACGCUGGAGAAGGAGAAAGAGCUGCUCAGAAUCUUCCUGGACGUUUCCCAGAAUGACAACACGGCACUGCGGCGCAUGAACUUGCGCUCCUUCCUCAUGGCGCCCCUCCAGCGGGUCACCAAAUACCCGCUCCUGCUGAGCCGCAUCAUCAAGGUCACUCCAGAGUGCCACCCGGACUACGCGCGUCUCCGCGAGGCCAAGAGUCGGGUGGAAUCCCAUCUGGAGCACAUCAACAUGAAGACCAAGCAGGAGGGCAACGGCGUCACCUGGUCCCUGCGCUCGUUCCGCCGCGACAGCCGCAAAAACCGGGAGGUCAUCAACAUCGAGAUGCGAGAGGUGUCGAUGAAGACGGUGGGCUGGGCGAGAGAAAACACGCGGUUCGUCAUGGAGGGACCCCUCCAGUUGUCCCAGCCAGCGGACGGUCAGUGGGUGAAGAAGGGCAGCAAGGCCCUCAAGUUCCAGAACGUCCAGAGUCUGCUGAUGGUGAGGAUACAGCGGGCCGGCGAAGCCCCGGGACAGGGCACCGACGUGGGGGCUCAGGGAGAAGGUGGCGGGGACAGCAUUCGAGACGGAGUUCUGGUUCUGAUCAAGGACAAAAGCAGCGGGAAGUUCACUGUGCUCAGAGAGCCCAUCCGCCUGGGAAAUUGUGUGGUGUCCACAGAUCCGGACUGCGAGGACACGUUUGAGGUGCUCGACAUCCGGCGGGAGUCUUUCGUUUUACGCGCCUCGGACAAAUCCCGCACGCAGCAGUGGUUCCAUCAGAUUAAGAGAUACACUCGAGACUUGGGCACCUGGAGGAAAAGACGCAAUGCUUUGCCCAACAUCAUGAUCAACACAAACCAGACCCGCUCCUGAGACUAACCACUGUCACACUGUAAAUAACCUGCAAAACUAAGCUGACAACGAGAAGCAUUUCUGAGUGACGCUGCUGUUAAAACCAUAGAAGUAGAGUGGAAGUAGAACGGACAAUCACAUUCAAAUCAACGCAGCGGACAUUUUUUAUGUGUACCGUUGCAGCGGGCUACAUUAGUAAAAACUAAACAGACUUACGGCAAGUCGCAGACUCACUAGGUGAGGUUUAGUAGUAAUGACUAAAACGGGUAACGUUAUGAAGCGUAGAGAGCAAAAGUUAACUUUAUGCUUCAUCCACACACUCUGGAAGCGAAGUAAAGCUAAUUUCUGUAACCAGUGUAGCAUUAAAGCAUGGUGGAAAUAGCAAGCUAGCUAACUUAACUAGCCAGCCGCUGAAUUAGUAAAAAGUUUAAGAACUAAAUGCCUCAUCCAUGCACUCUUGUCACAGCGUAGGAAAGAUCAUUGCUAUUACCAGAUUAGCGAUAACCAGUGUAGCAUGAUAGCAUUGCUUUUCCACCAUGCUUUAAUUCUGUACUGGUUUUCAGAAAAUAAGCCAUACGGCGGGCUGGUGGCAAGCAGCUGUGCUGGGUCUAACCGUCCUGCUGCUACGGAAAAAGACAAGCCAGCUAGUUAACUAGCGUACAGCUGGCUAGUAAGCGAGCUAGCUUGCUAAUUCCACCAUGCUUUAAUGCUGCACUGGUUACAGAAAAUGAUCUGAGCGGUAUUAGGGUCUAACAUUUCCUCCGCCUCACUCCCAAACACCCCGGAGAUGGACAAGCUAAUGUUACUUAGCUAACUAAUCAGCCGUCCGUCUACGGCCCCACUGACGUGGGUUGUCACCAUGACAAUCGCCAUUUUCUUUUGAACCACGAAAAAAGACUUUAAUGUCCGUUCUGCUCCUAUUCUAUUUCUAUGAUUUAAAAUAUUUCUCUCGUGAGACAAAGAUACAGCACUUUUUUUUCUUACAAAGCUAUAAGUGCGCCAUACUGUCAUGAAGUUACGUACGAAGACCGAAGUCGUUAGAAGAAAAUAUUAAAGAUUCCUGGACAACCAAAAAAAAAACUUGGGCCGAGCUCGUCGGCCUUGAUUGUAAAAGACUCGUUUGGAGACGACGAGCUGUGUCUUCAGUAUAGACGGUGUGUCUGUUGAAGAGCAUUACUGAAACAUGGCUGACUGCAAAAGAAAAAGAAAAAUUGUAUUGUAAUUAAUUUCUUUUUAUACGAGACUGAGGGGUUUGGUCGGUCCAGAUGCUUGUUCAGUGGUUUCUGUUUGUUGUCACUGCCCUCUGCUGGACGUUGGCGGUGCAGCAACCUUCACUGCCACAGAUGCAGUCGAGCCGACUUCCUGUUAUCACUGUGUUUAAAAUAAGAAACCCACAUGACAGCAAUAAUCUCUGCCAGCUCCAACAGACGUAGCUACCGUACACGCAUUUCAUUUCCCAGAGUUCCAUGCGGAAGAUUCAAUCAAAGCUUCCUGACAACGAAGGAAUCGGGAGUUCAGAUAAUCGUAUCGUGCCGUGAAAGCAAGUUUGCAGUCCACCUCCUUUAACUGUAGCCAUCACGGCACACAGGUGAAAGUCCAACACGACAGUUUCCUCCUCAGUGUGUCUUGAGUGCGGAGUUUUUCAACCUCUGGUUCGGGAGCUCAUGUGGGGUCGCACAGAGCGGACCAUGGGACAGAACUAAUGAUAAGUUUGAUUGAUUUUACAAGGCUGCAACAUACUGUUUUGGAUUUAUCUGAUUAAUGUUUGAUCUGCAAAAUGUCUCCAAUCCCGAGACCUUAAGAAAAGUUUUCUAAUGUUUGGUUUUGUUAGACUGAAAGUCCAAAAUCCAGUUAUUUAAUUUACUACUAUAUAAAAAGCAACAUUUGAGAAACAGGAAGCAAGACAUUUAUGAUGUAAACAAUUAUCUAAAUUGUUGUUUCAAUCAACAAACCUGUUUAAAAUAAAGAAUUAAGUAAAUUAAGACUUUCUAUAGAAUCCGUCUUCACGUGACUCCGAACCUGUAAAACAUGAAAUCUCUCCGUCUGCUAGUUUAAGGUUGAGUUACUGUCAGUUACUUGAGCUCUAAACAAAGCGUCGGUCUGAACUGUGUCAUGUGACGCAGCGACGAGCUGCUGUGCCUUGGUACUCGAUUACUGUUACGCUAAUUCAUCACUGCAGCCCGUCACCGUAGCAUCAAACAGACCGGACUCGCAUCAGUCCACAGGCAAUAUAAUCACAUGUUCUAGCUCUUACUGUAGUGUGCUGUUAUUAUUUAUGAAGGCGUUAUUUUAUUUGAAUGCACUUUAUGAUUCUCCUGUGGAGCUGCUGGUUGAACUUGAUUCUUCCUCCUAGAAUGAUCUAAAUGUCCGCCGGUCAUCAAACCAAAACCAGUUUUCAGUUUGAGAAGAAGCAGCAGAUCACCGACUCCACACCGACAAACUCACGGUUUCUUUGUUCUCAUUUGCAUUGUGGAAGACCUGCUGUAUUAUCUCUCCCCUGAUGUAAUAUAUUGUGAAUUAUAUUAAAAAGAUUUUAAACACGA